AUGACGCCAGCCUUUUCUCAAGAGCUUGCCAACCCGUCCUAUACAAAGAUGAUUCUUGGAAGGAUCGUUCUCUUUCUUCUCUUCGAGGUGGUGCUGAUGGAGAGUGUUGCAGUGACCAGGCAAAUCCAGCAGUCCAGAGUGAGGGAGGGAUACAGAGUGGCAGGACAGCGACAUAUUGACAGAGAAUGCGUGGGAAAAGCCUUGGACCUGGUCUUCAUCAUUGACAGCUCACGGAGUAUACUGCCGGUGGACUUCGAGAGGGUGAAGAAUUUCAUCAUUAACAUUCUCAAGUUCCUGGACGUCGGGCUGGACAAGACCAGAGUGGGUUUAAUCCUCUAUGGUAGCACCAUCGAGAAGGUCUUCUCGCUCAGUACCCACAGGAAUGUGGCAGACAUGAUGCAAGCGGUGAGGGACAUGGACCACCUGGCCACUGGCACCAUGACAGGCAUGGCCAUCGAGUACGCCAUGAAUGUGGCUUUCUCCGUCCAAGAGGGGGCGCGGCCUCUCAGUCUGAAUAUACCGCGGGUGGCUAUUAUUGUGACGGACGGGAGACCACAGGACAGGGUGGCAGAGGUGGCAGCUCGUGCCAGGGACUCCGGCAUUCUCAUCUUCGCAGUGGGUGUUGGGAGGGUUGACAUGAGAACCCUGAGGCUCAUUGGCAGCGAGCCGCAUGAAAAGCACGUCUUCUUUGUCCAGAACUUCAGCAUGAUCCAAACCCUCCUCUCCGAGUUCCAAGCCAAAAUCUGCGUCCUUUACGACCUUUGCGGGGUAAUUGGCCACGGAUGUGAGCAGAUCUGUAUUAACACGCCAGGAUCUUUCAUAUGUAAAUGCAAAGAAGGAUUCAUCCUGAACAACGAUCAGAAAACCUGCAGAAAGAUUGACAACUGCUACCUUGGGGAACAUGGGUGUGAACACGAAUGUGUCAGCACAGAGACCUCUUUUAUCUGCCGGUGUCACUCGGGAUUCACACUCAACCCAGAUGGGAAGACAUGUCGACGAACUAACUUCUGCCUUGUGGCCAGACAUGGAUGUGAACAUGACUGUGUGAGCACUGCGGACAGUUACCUCUGCCGAUGCCGGAAAGGAUACAUCCUUAACCCAGAUGGGAAGACCUGCCAAAAGUGUAGCAGUAGAACAAUGGACCUCGUCUUCAUCAUCGAUGGAUCUAAAAGACUUGGAGCACAGAACUUCCAGUCGGUGAAGCAGUUUGUCAACAACAUCGUGGAUGCAUUGGAAGUUGCACCGAAUGCAACUCGGGUGGGCCUGGUGCAGUAUGCUACUAAAGUCCAAACUGAAUUUCCUCUCAGACGCUACAGCACUGCCAACGAAAUCAAGGCAGCCGUGGGCCGGACAAAAUAUGCACCUCAGGGAUUCAGGUCAGGGCAGGAUCUGAGGCAGCUCUUCAAGCACAGCUUCAAGGUGGCUGAAGGAGCUCGAGCCCUUUCUCAGAACAUCCCGAGGGUGGCGGUUGUCUUCACCGAUGGGUAUGCGCGAGGCAACAUAGCAGAAUGGGCAACUAAAGCAAAGCAGAACGGUAUCAACAUUUAUGCUGUUGGGGUUGGGAAGGCAGUUGAAGAAGGACUACAACAAAUUGCUUCGUUUCCUCAGGAUGAACACUUAUAUUACACAAAGAACCCCAGGUCCAUGGCUGAAAUUGCAGAGAAAGUGAAAGCUCAGAUUUGCAAAGGAAAUCCAUCAGUUGGGGAUCAAUGCAAGUGCCAAGCAGUUAUGGCUUUCCGGAUUCAAGCUAAUGAAGAAAUACAAAGAUUAACCAAGAAAUUGGAUGAAGUGAUGAAAAGACUGAAGACUGUUGAGAAGUAUGUCACAGCCAAGUAAGAGCAACAAGAACAAACAUUUGUCCUUUCCCCAGCUGUAACUGGGGACUGUAGCUUGACACACUGAGUUAUGUUUUCCAAUCAGGUAACUAAACACUGCCAUUAUACAUAUUUUAUUGAAUCCAACCGACAAAGGAGAAAUAUUACCGUCUCUACUGUGCAUGUCUAAAAAACAAUGUGCAUGGCAUUUUAUAUUUGUACGCCAGCUGGGCUACUGCCGACUUGUACUGUAACUUACCAAGAAUGAAAACGUGCAAACUCAACCAUUUGUUUUUUUAUAUGAAAAGCUAUUGUAGGUCAUUAAAACAAGCUAUAUUUUAUGCAUAUCAUUCGCAACCAGUUUUCCCCACAGGAUAACCUUGUUUAUGAAGUGAUUAAUAUGUAAUAGUUUAUGCUUUUAAAGUUUAUGCAAAUAAAGACAGCAGAAUGCAAUUUAUCUUUAUUUUUCUUCAGCUUCAUAGCCUUUCACCCCAGUAAAGACUAGUCAGCACAGCAAUCUGAGCACUCAAAUAAUGUUGUUUCCACCCUCCCCCCCCCCCCCACCCCCCUUUCCACUCAACAAUAAUUGCUGUACAGUGAAUAUUGCAAUAAAAUCUUUACCUGGCCCAACUCUAAUGCCGAGAUACCA